GCAAGAGGCAGCGAGGGGAGGCAAGGGAGACAACAAGCCGAGCGCACGGGAGCACAGGCGCUUUUCACCAGCUCUGGAGCCACUUUACGCACGAGUUUGGGGUUUGGGAGACACGUUUGGAGCGUGGACAAAGCGAGAGCUGCCUGCACCGACACAUCUGGAGGAGGGCAAGGCGAGCCGGGAGGAAGAAGUUUCGAGGCGCGGAGAAAAGUUUGGUUCUGCGCUGAUUUCUGUGGGAUUAUAAGAGCGAGAGUUUGCACCGAGCAGCGGGCAGGGGUUCGCGCGAAGAGGCCGCUGUGGUGGAGGAAUCUGGGUCUGGGAAAGGCUCCGAGGGUGAAGUGUCCACCUGGAGCGGCCAGAGAAUGAAUUAGCCCCGGACCCGACGCAGCGCGCUCAGCCUCAGAUAAGGCUCCAUUUUUGGUCCCUCCAGCUCCUCCUCCUCCGAGCAGCCCUGAGCCCAUGGACGAGGAGAGAGGAGCGGCUCCCACCUCCCCAGAACCGCCCGACCAUGGGGGGACCUCCAGCACUACCAGUACUACUACUACUACUACUACAACUACUUCAAAUACGACAACUACUACCACAGGCGCAACGCAUACAAACCAUCAGAGGACUACAGAGACGGCGAACGAAUUUACAGACAUCACGCCCUGUCCAAGUGAAGAUGUGGUCCUGACGUACACAGAGCCGCUCAUCGUCAGGGCCAAUGGUCCUCAGAGGAUCCGGUGUGAAGACAGAGACAGCCUCAUACUCCCCCAUACAGACAUCAGCACGCCCACCCCGACUGUCACGUGUCAACCAAUGGCCCGAUCCACCCCAGUCCACCACACCCAGCCCUGUCGGACUCAACCCAGCAGUGGGCACCUCCGGAACGGCACCAAAGCCCCAUCCCACUGCCCCCACCACACACACCCCUCUCCCCAUCACAACCACCAAACCCACACCCCCCUCACACACUCCUUCCAGGCCAAUGGGGUGCGCAACGGCGGCCCUCACCCCAAACUGGGCUCUCUUCCGCGGGGAGGCUCGUCCACGUCGUCCUCGUCAUCGGCCGGUCCCAGACACUCCUCCAGGAAGCUCCAAUCCAACCCCUCCAUCACGUCCCAGAGCAGCAAGAGGAGCAAGAGCAGUUCCAAGAGUAACAGCUCGCAGAUCCCCACAGAAGCCCAGGACGACUGCUGCGUCCACUGCAUCCUGGCCUGUCUGUUCUGCGAGUUCUUGACGCUGUGUAACAUCGUGUUGGACUGCGCCACCUGCGGGUCGUGUGCGGGGGACGACUCUUGCUUCUGCUGCUGCUGCGCCUCAGAGGAGUGUGGAGACUGUGACCUCCCCUGUGACAUGGACUGUGGGAUCAUCGACGCCUGCUGCGAGUCGGCCGACUGUCUCGAGAUAUGCAUGGAGUGUUGUAGUCUCUGCUUCUCCUCCUGAGGACUGCCGGGGUCAAAGUUCGCAACUGAGCUAUCGGGAUUAACGUGAACCAAAGUGUAUCGAAGAUGCGGAAGUCUUGCUGUUCAAGCCCAGUUAAUGCCGAGUUUACAGAAGCGAUGGUUUUGAGAGAUCGUCGUCUGAGGCCAAGCAAGCUUCACGGAAAAGUUGGAAGUUUUAUUCUGUAUUGACUGAGGGAUUGGGAUUAACUUGGACAAGUCUGGAAUCAAAAGACGCAAAAAUGCAAGUCUUCUAGUUCAGUUUUCCAUCAUCAAAAGGCAUAUGUUACCCAACCAAACAUACUUGAUUGAUAAAGUCUUAACUGUUUGAUCAAGAUAGGUUGGACCGGUCUAGAAUAGAAGUGUGUUGAAAAAUGUCUUGUGAGUCAAGCCCAGAUAAUGCCAAGUUUACAGAAGCAAUGGUUUUGAGAGAUCUCCAUCUGAGGCCAAGCAACCUUCAUGGAAAAAGAACUUUCAUUUAGUAUUGACUGAGGGAUUAACUUGGAUGAGUGUGGAAUCAAAAGACGUCAAAAAUGCAAGUCUUCUAGUUCAGUUUUCCAUCAUCUGGCUUCUCCACCAAAGUCUUAACUGUGUGAUCAAGAUAAGUUGGACCAGUCUAGAAUCAAAGUAUGUUGAGCCCAGAUGAUGCCAAGUUUACCGAAGCAAUAGUUUUGGGAGUUCUCUACCUGAGACCAAGCUAGCUUCAUGGAAAAAAAAACUGGAUUGGGAUUCAUUUGGACCAAUAUGGCACGAAAUCAUGACAAAGUUCAAUACGCCAUGUUAAAAGGGGCUGUUGUAAACCCAUGUGUCCAACUUACCCAGCAACAAGCAUUUGUCAGCUAUUAGGAACUUCAACUGCUCACCAAGCCUUCCAAAGCCUCAACAAGCCUAUACACAAUCGCAACAACACCCCAAUAACCAAGAUUUGCUCACACAUGUAGACAUCAACGUUUGACGCUUGGGAAAUUUGGGGUUGGGCCAUGUCUUAAAAGCCUGGACUAUUUACACAACAUUAUUACUAGACAAGUUAUUUUUGCAGUGAAGUGAAUCAAUGCAUUACAAAAACAAGACUUUCUGUAGUGACUAUGGACAUUUCUACACAGCCUGGUUGCAACUUGCACUCUUUUUCUUAAGUUCACAAGUAUUUACGGGGUUUAUGAAAUGCCCUCAACAAUAUAAAGAACUGUGACUGCGCGAGGUCGAACUUACUGCAAUGCUUUCAAUGCAAUUUAGGAACAGAACUCGUGCCUACCUUCGUUUUGCUGUUUUGGUCUUCACAGCACAGCCUUUUUUUGCACUCCAAGCCUACACCGAAUAAGCAGCAAGAAGCCAUAUCUCGACAACAAGCAUUUGACUAAUUUUCAGCUCAAAAUUUCCUAAAAUCCAUACUUGAGUCCUGUAGACAAGUUAUUUUUUGUAAGAAUAAACCCACUUCAUGACCAAAGUAGCCAAGAAUGGUAACUUUAUUGACAAAACCAAAUUUGAAAUACGUUCUACAGUUUCAUACAACAAAAUGGCGUUUCUAUUCAAAAACGUCCAAAAUCCCAAAAACCUGAAUUUCGAUGUGAUCAGCUUUCGAGUUCUGGGGUUAUUUUUGUAUCGUGAUUGACAACUGAAAACAAAAUUUGAAAUACAAUCUAGAGUUUCGCGUUUUGGACAACAUGGCUUCCCCUGUCAAUGUUAAAACUACAAACUCUUUCACCUUACAUCCAAAGCAGCAAGGAGAAAAACUGACACAUUUUAAAUCAAAACAUCGCCAUAAAACCUUCUAUUAUAGAGAAUCUUUUUGUGCCUUUUUGACUGACUGGAACUAUUUGGAGCGUUCAAAUUGACCUCUAAAGGCAAAUGAGAAAAUUGGCUCCUUUUAACUGGAUUUAGAUAAGAGCAAAGACCUAUAAUGGAAAAAUGGUUUCUUAGAUCUUGGUUUAGUCUCCACAAGGUUAUUUCCAUUCACUGCAGUAGCUUUUGGGACGAUGGUGAAUUGGCCACUGCCUUCUUAAUGUCCUUGUUUGCAACCUACAGAAAAUAGGAACGUACUGGAGGCUUGUUGCAAUAGAAGAGACAGAAAAAGACACAACUCAAAGACGAUCUUGCAAUGGAUUCCUUGAUACUGGAUCAUAGACUUUGCGAAAAUGGGAACUAAGGACUUUAAAAUUAGUUUGUUUUUUGUGGAAUUUCUGUGCCUUCUUCUCGUGUUUUAAUUUGCUCUACACUGCAAAAAAGAUUGUCUGCAUGAGUUGAAAUUACUGUGAUCCCAAAUGUUUAUCUUGAGUCAUUUUGACAAGCGUAGAUUUAUGUAUUAUUAAUGUAUUCCAGAUUGUGUCACUGUUUCAUUCUGGUUCCAAUAUUUGUUUUUCUAAUUUUAAGCGAAAUAAUUUGCCGUUGAAGAUUCAUUUAAGAAGUUAUCUUGACGUGUUAAAAGCUCUGGAGCUGCGUUUUACCGUCUUAAAAACGUGAAAAUCUGAUCUAGUUCAUUUUUAAACGAUUUGCAAUGGUCCAAAGUUCUUCCUCACUGACCUUGUGAAUUCAGAGCAUCCUAAAUAUUCACCACGAUGAGUUUAUAAGCAUUUUCACAACUUUCAGAAACCAGAGAGGAGUUAAGCCGAAACAGUAAAGCUAACAACAACUAGCAUGCUAAGCACACACUUCCCACAAUUUUGCUUAGGUCAUGUAUUAUUAAUGUUUUCCAGAUUCUAUGACUAUUUCAUUCUGGUUUCAAUAUUUGUUUUUCUAAUUUUAAGCGAUAUCUUUUGCCAUUGAAGUAAAAAACUAAACAAAACACACUCUUAAGAAGUUAGCUUGAUACGUUAAAAGCGCUGUACCUGCGUUUUACCGUCUUAAAAACAUAGAAAACUAAUCUAGUUCAUUUUAAACGAUUUGCAAUGGUCCAAACUUAUCUUAUCUUGUGAAUUCAGAGCAUCCUAAGUAUUCACCAUGAUGAGUUUAUAAGCAUUUUUCACAACGUUCAGAAACCAGAGCGCAGUUUUGCCGUCCCUGUAAAGCUAACAACAACUAGCAUGCUAAACGCGCACUUCACACAGUUUUGCUCAAAUAUAUGGAACAAAUUUGGUACAAAAUCUACUUUCGCGUUGAUAAAUUUACCCCAAAAUGAAAAAAUACAUAACUGAAAUGCAUAAACUAUUGAAACCCCAUCCAAAGUCACUUUAACUCAUGCAGAUACUCCUUUUUGCAGUGAAAGCGUCUAGAUUUCUUGUUCAAUAAAAACCUGUAUUAAUCCUUGUUUUGUAGAUUUUAGUUAAAGAUAUUUUGCAUUCCUUCCGACCAAUGUGAAAAACUCCUAUAUCUUAUGUGUUAUCAGGUCGCCGUCUCCUGGAAAACUAAUUUAAUUCAACAGAAAAUCUCACAAUGUUAUGCACACAUCGUUCUAUAUGCGUCUUGUAUAAAUGGUACGUUUUUGAUAACAGAAAUUUCAUAUGCCCGGACGCAUACACUAGCCACAUAUUCAAUACCUCCCAUGCAGUGCCUUCCAGAUCUGUUGCGCAUUUAAAAUAAGUUGAUACCAAUCUGGUAGGGACCAAUAAUAAGAAACAGUAUUAUUUGUGCAAUCAUAUUUUUCAUGGAAAUACCAAAGAGUUUGACUACAGCUAAGUUUUCUAUAGCCUGUAAUUACUUUGUCCAUGCAGCAGUGGUUUUACAUAAAGCCCUUUUAUGGGAAAUUGAACACUGUUUAAUAUAAAUAUACAAUAAGGCAAGGUUCUUUCAAAGGAAAAAUAGUAUGGACUGACAAUUUCAAUACGUGUGAAGGGUCUGUGGCUCAAACUCCAAGUAGAAAUCACAGCAGUAGUGAGUUUUUUUACUGCCAAAGAAACAUUGUUUACAUCUGUUUUUUUUACUAUGCACACUUAAAUAAAUAGUGGUAGGUUGUUUCUAUAUUACACCAAAUGGUCACAUGACUCUUGCGAGGUUUUAGCCGUGUUAAAAUGCCCCUCCCUCCUCAAAAACAUACCGCGAGUUGUGUUUUGUUUCACUCACACAUGUUUAAGUAAUCCUGGUUUAUUAGUCUGUUUACAUCGCCAAAGUUCAAAAUGGUCUGUUCCACCUUGUGAUGUCAUUAAGUGGUAGUUUUAAAGUCAACAGCAAUCUUUUACCUCUUGUUUCAUAGAGAUGGGAAUUUCCAAGGUUGAAAUGAUCCAAAUGAUUCUAGUGAAGGUAUGUGGAGUUUAAAAACACAGUGGAGCACUUCCUGACAUCACAAGAUGGAACAGAGUGUUUUCAGCUUGAAAGAAGAACUCAGUGUAAAAUAUGCAGGGUUUGUGUGUUAAACAUGUGUGAAUGAGACAAAACACAACACUGGGUAUGUUUUUGAUGAGGAAACAACAUUAUAACAUAGAUCAGAUCAGAAAUAGAGCAAUAUGGGCCCUUUAAUCUUAUUUGUCCUUAUGUUCCCAUAUAGGAUAAUUAUGGCCCCUUAGCCAGCGUCUUUGUGCAAAUUCUUUAGUUUAGUUAGUUGUAUUAUUUCUUAUUUUGAUGAGAAAACUGAGAAUGGUUUGCAAACAUCAAUACUAUCGGAGUUCAAGUUUACAAUCACCCAUUUGAUCUUUCUUUGCAAUGCUAUAAUUCCAAAUAUGAAAUAGUUAUUGGCUCUAUCCACAGACAAUAGCCUACACUUUGGUUUGGUCCAAGUACUUUUGAUUUUUAAUGCUAAUUCAUGCUAAUACAGUUUGCCUGAUUUACCGAACAAAAUGCACAGUUAAUGUUUACAAUAAGUGAAAGGAUCCUGUUGCCAUUCAAACUCAGAUUAGGUUUUUUUUUAUUAUAAUUUUGAAUAGAUGUUUAACUUACAUCUCAAGUCGUCAUUCUGAAACUUGGAGAACCAGAUGAACGUCAGAUUUAACCCUAUAGUGUUGACUGAUUGAGUGAUCGGGGCAGUAUUUGAGUAUUUUUAAUCUUCCAUGAUAACUUGACUUAAACCAAACCUUAUGGAUGUUUUGUUAUAUCUGCACAGCCUUGUUAUGUCAACUCAGGUUCUCUUCCUGUCAGAAAAACAGGACCCAACCCAAAUACAUAUACCUUUAUGUGCCCAGAGGACAAUCAUGUUUAUCGUUUUAGUGAUGUUACCCAUUAUAUUUCUCAAACCAAAGAGUAUGUAAAACUGUCAUUGUUUCUGCGUAUCAAUAAGAUUAUGUUUACUGACUCUGUAGUUGGCUCUAUGCACAACAGCGCCCUCUAUCUCACUGUUAGCGUCACUACUUCCUGUCCAAACUGUAUCUCUGUAAGGUUCUUGACAAGUCAUGCUAAAAUUAAUAAAUAUUUAAAGAUCAGACAGUGGACAUGGAGCUGUGCAUGGAUGUCACUGACAACAUGUUCAACACAACACCAAUAAAAUACUUCACCUGUUUGUCUCAAUGCUAACGCCACUGCUAACUUUGAGGCAUAAUAAAUAUUAAAACACCACAAACUGAAGUAUUCUACAUUUUAAAAGACAAUUGAAUAGUCUUUAUUUAGUUUUAUUUGAAUUUGAAUAGGUUAUUUGCUUUAUAUUUUAUAAUUUUAAUAAAGGUUAAUGUAAACUUUGAGACACAGCGAGCUAGCUAGCGUGCUACUGUGCGCAGAGCCAAUAUUAAGCAUCUCAAAGUUGGACCAAAAAUGUCUCUAUGUAUUCUUAUGUGUUAUGUCACAAAUGUUUGUUAACUUUAUUCAAUUUGGACAUGUUUUACACUGCAAAAACCUGUUAAAAUGUGUGUGUGCUUAUCUGAGUAAUUGAGUAGUUUUGACUUGAUUUAGUUACAUACAUAGGACUACUUUUUUAUUUUUAUUUUUUAUUUUGCUUUGGAUCAGAUCAUUUCAAAGACAAAACACUCAUCAACACCCAUUAUUUAAAGCCAACAUUUACUUUUGUGUUGUUUUUAAGAAUUAUCUGCUUGCGAAACUUGAAAUAACCCUAAAAUGCUAAAUAAACCCCAAUUAAAUCAAUUGCAUUACAUACAAUUAAGUCAAAAUUACUCAAAACAAGGUUCAUAGGUUCAUAUUCAAAUUUCAAAUCAUUGUAAUUCAUUCAAGUAUUUCUUCCUCUUUCCCUUUUUUUGCAGUGUGUAUAACCUUAUUUAAAGUUGGACGUGUUUUAGGGCUGGCCACCUGUCCGUAGUUAGCAUUAGCUGUUUUUGUUAGCCUGUAGUCCACUAUAUGUCACUGUGUUUACAUUAGUCUAUGUUAAGUCCAUUUGAAUCGCUGAAUCGUGGAAGUGGCAUUCAGACCCUGUAAAACUGAAUAAACAAUGUGAAAUACAGGCUCGGACUGGGUUUAUGUGACGCUUAUUAAAUGUGGCAUAAAACAACUUUGUACAAAUAUAAAGUCAUAAAAACGUCUGGGUUAAUACAUCAGAUUACAUCAUGUGAAGCUGUGGUUCCCAA